CGGAAGCAGAGGUGUGCGCGCUCUCCGCGAGAACGCGCGCGGACGGGAAGUCGACUCGAAGACGGAAGAAAAGAACGCCGAAAUCAAAAUGGUCAACUUUUAGCCACCGGGUGACAAUUAUACACAAUGUUACAAAGGAAGUUGUGACUUUUUUCCUCCAUCGAUUCAGUGCGCUGAACCAAAGCCACCCCUAGCCAGCGUUGACUUGCACUGCCACACGACCUGGUGACUCCGCCAGUUUUCAAACAGGCGCUUCGCUUUUUUUUUUUUCCCCAGCCCGACCACAAAGUCACUUUUUCUUUUUGACUGGGGUGUUUUUCCAACAACCCCCAAGUAUACUGAAACGCUCACGCUCAGCUUCCUGGCUAAAAGUUUUGCCUUGUGGAGGGGAAAGUUAGUGACCGAGGCCUAGGCGACAGGGGACGUUUACAUGUGUGAAGACCGCGCCGGAGAAGGAACUUACUCGCCACUAACAUGUCGGCCCAGGCUCAGAUGCGAGCGAUGCUGGACCAGCUCAUGGGGACGGGGAGAGACGGAGACUCCAUGAGGCAGAGGAUUAAAUUCUCAGAUGACCGGGUGUGCAAAAGUCACCUUUUGGAUUCCUGCCCUCAUGACAUUCUCUCAGGCACUAGAAUGGACCUCGGCGAGUGUGUCAAAGUCCAUGACCUGGCCCUGAGAGCAGAUUUUGAGAUUGCCUCCAAGGAGCAUGAAUACUUUUUUGAGCUUGAUGCUGCUGAGCACCUUCAGACUUUUAUCGCCGACUGCGACCGCAGGACCGAGCUGGCCAAGAAGCGUUUAGCAGAGACUCAAGAUGAAAUCAGUGCUGAAGUAACAGCAAAGGCCGAACGUGUCCACGAGUUGAACGAAGAGAUCGGGAAGCUGCUUGCCAGCGCCGAGCAGCUGGGAGGCGAGGGCAACGUAGAAGAGGCCCAGCAGUUGCUUGAGAAGGUGGAGAAGACCCGCGCCUUGAAGAAAGAAGCAGAGGAUGUUUACAGAAACUCAAUGCCAGCCUCCAGUUUCCAGCAGCAAAAACUGCGUGUGUGUGAAGUAUGCUCUGCGUACUUGGGGCUCCAUGACAACGAUCGGCGUCUUGCUGACCACUUUGGGGGCAAACUUCACCUGGGCUUCAUUGAAAUUCGCGAGAAAUUGGAAAAGCUCAGGAAAGCAGUGGUGGAGAAACAAGAAACAAUGCGAUCCAGACGCAGAGAGGAACGAGAACGAGAUGACGAACGGGACAGACAGUGGGAGGUGGAACGGGAACGGGAAAGGGAGCGAGAGAAGGAGCGGGAGAGGGAGCGAGAGUGGGAGCGAGAGCGGGAGCGCAGGAGGUCGCGAUCCAGAAGCGGAGAGCGAUACAGAGAUGGAGGCAGUUCGUCCUCCCACCGGUCAAGGCGCCACCGCUCUUCUCGUUCUAGAGAGGAGGGCGGCGACCGGGAUCGGGAGCGAGAGAGGAGGCAUCGGCACAAGGACAGACACCGCUCGCAUUCGCACUCUCACAGACACAAGGGAAAGAGGUCCUCCGGAGAAAGAUCAUCACACACCCGUGACUUUGAGCCCUCGCUGCCCAAGGAGCGGAGUGAGGAGCGCGUCUUGGAUGAGUGGCGUGACAACCGGGCAGAGUUCAAAGACUGGGAGGACCGGGAGAGGUCUACCUCCCCAGACAUGGCGAGGGAGCAGGAGCGGGAGAGAUCUCUGUCCUUGGAGCGGGACCGACAUUCCAGCUCUGAGGAACGGGAGUCGGGAGAGAUUUAAAGACGACAGAGAGGAUCAGGACGGCGCACGUCUCGACGUCAAUCCAUCGUUCAUUGUUCAAGGAUUAGAGAGACAUAAAGGCACGUUCAAAAUGGGCAUGUGUUCAUUAGCAGGGUGGAAAGAUAACACGGGACUCAAGGGAUGUGUUCAGUCUAAAAAAAAA